UGCAUAUGCUUUCGGUCGGCGACGCGGCCUUAUAAGCAGGACACUUUCCAUCACGGAAUGCCUUCGUUGUUUCGCACUGGCGAUGCACCGUCGACGAACGUCUGGCAACGUCAGCAUCUGCAGUAUCCAACGAAAUGACAUCGCGACCGGUAAGUACGUGAAUCACAGUGCCGAACAGUUUUCCCGAAAUCGAGCUUCGGUAGCCAUAAGGACCAAGACGGAGCUCGUCAGCAGUCAUCGACUCAGUCGAUGAACGCCAUUAUCGUUUUGCAAUCGAUGAAGGCCGUUUUCCUUUCUCGCCCGCAGACUCCCGAUUCCUGCGCACGUGCGACGCCAGUGUCGGCCGGCCUGAUGCGGUUUUUUUGCUACUUGCGGGAAUUCGGCGUCCUCGACGCCAUUUGUGAAGUGCUCAGCGACAUGUACAAGCAGCGACCUCGCCCGGCAGAUCCCAUGAGGUACCUACAAGAACGGCUGUGUACCGACCAGUCCCUGCGCAUCGGCAUCCUGAUGGUGCAAGUGGCUGACACGAACUGUUGGUUGGACGCGCUGCAAGCCGAACUGCACGACCUGCGUGCCCUCGCAGACGAUAUUUCCCAGCUCCGGGCAACGAUGGACCGGAACGACGGCGACGAGCACUGACCGCCCACCUAGGUCGCUGUUAGCAAUGCCAGCAACUACUUUCGUUACAUGUAUUCAUUAGUUCGGAAUAAACGUUUAUACGUUCAGUCUUGUGCCUCGUUCGGUUGCCGUACGGAAUAACUCGCAGUCGGUCUAGCGCGCGAUAUCGUGCGAAACACAAACGAAAAAACGUAUGCAAACAAG